AAAAAAAACAGAACAAAAAAAGUGAAAAAGAAGAUAAUUUCCCUCUCAAGGAACUUCAGAUUCCUCAUGAACACACUCUUGCAUUUAUACCACCCAUUAUUCUCAUAUGCAUCUCCUCACUCUUAAGACACAGAAAGUGGGAGAGAGAGAGAGAGAGUAGUGGGUUUUCAGUUUUCUCUAGAGCUAGAGGGGUUUCUUUUUUUUUUUUUUUAAUAAAUCUUUUUUUGUUUUGUUUUAGUAUAGCUUCUGAGGCUGAGGAGGGCUUUGAACAUUGAGGCUUUUUGUUUUCCCCCCUCUUGGAGAAGCUUGAGGAAUAUCCACCAUGAGAAAGAACAUAUGGGUUUUGGUUCUGCAGUGCUUGUUGCUCCUGGGAUGCUAUCUGGUUUCGACAAUGGAACUUGCGGUGGAAGAGAAGGCGGAUGGAGCAAUCCCAGUAACCACAAUGUCACCACCAGAAGGGAACACAACAUUCCUUGAUGGCACAACAUGGUGUGUGGCCCUUCCCGGGGUUUCCCAAGUUGAUUUGCAGAAUGCAUUAGACUGGGCCUGUGGAUUGGGAAUGGCAAACUGCAAGGCAAUCCAAGAAGGCGGAGCCUGUUAUGAACCGGAUACUCUCUUGUCUCAUGCCUCCUUUGCUUUCAAUGAUUACUAUCAACAGAAUGGGAAUUCUGAUAUAGCUUGCAACUUUGGAGGAACUGCUGCAGUCACCAAACAUAACCCGAGUUAUGGAAAAUGUGUCUUUGCUGCAGCUGGAUCAGUAGGCUCUGCAGCACCUCCAUUGUACAAGCUUAAUCCGAGCUCUGUUUGGUGGCAACUUGCUUGCCUUUUAUUGCCUUUGUAUCUAGGAAGCUGAAGUUGAUGGGUUUGAUUAAACUGCCCACAAAGUCAAAUUCUACCUGCUUGCUUGUACAAAACUAUUUUGUGCUGUGUAAAAAAGCAGGAGGAGAUCAGAGCAUGAAUAGCAUAGGAUUUUGUAAUUGUAAUAUGCUUAUCCCUGCCUUUGUUUUUGGGUUAGGAAUCUAUAGCUAAUCAAAUCCCUCUGUUCACCUUAUUUUCGGUUCCUUUCAAAUUUUGUAUCACCUAUGCUUUGGUUCUAUUUGUCUAGAAGUCAUGUGCGUGCAUCUUUCUUUGCCUCAUA